UUUUCGAUCUGAGCCGAUCUCCAUUCGUCUCCUGUAAACUUCCAACGCCUGCACUCAGCAGCUGCGCAGCGCUGUCUGCAUCGGAGGGUCUGGAACCCCCUGUUUUCCUGGUGAUUUUGGAUCAUUGGGCGGUUAGCAGCAGUUAAGAGUACCUGGCUGGGCUGAUUCUUGGUCUUAUUCCCAGGAUAAUGCAGGAGAUUACAAUCAUGCCGAUUCGCCGUUCAGCUGGGGCCCCGCCCAAGGAAGAUGCACCCACAGCACCUGAGGCAGAACCUAAAACCAACUCCGGAGAGUCUGCUUCUGCAGCUGAGGAUUCGGAGCCGGCCAAAGCCUCUUCAGAAGAGAAGGCUAGUGGAGAAGCAGGAGAGAAGUCUGCUGAUGGUGCCGAAGAUGGAGAAAAAGGAGAGGACGGAGAGAAGACGGCUGAUGGAGAGUCUGAGAAGGAGGGAGCCAAAGAUAAAGGGAAAAAGAAGAAAAAGAAGGAUGCUAAAAAAGAUGACAAAGAAGGAGCUGAUGAAAAAAGCAAAAAAGUGAAAAGAAAAAUCCCUGCUUGGGCCACCAUGUCCGCCAGCAAACUUGCCACUGCCCCAAAAAGUGUCUCUCUGUUUCAGCCUAAAGUUGAGGAAAUCCUCCUUGAUGCUAUUCAGAAUUGUAAGGAACGCAACGGUGCCUCUAUCUUCACCAUCAUGAAAUACAUAAUGAAGAAGUAUUCCCCCAUGGAACUAGACAAAAGGACAAAAAGCCUAUACAAGAGGGCGCUUAAAAAGCUGGUGGAGAAAGGGGCUGUUAAACAGCUGAAAGGAAAAGGCUUCUCAGGAAGUUUCACCAUUGGGAAGCUCCCUGCUAACCCUCCCUCAAAGAAGAAGCCUACAGCCUCUUCGGCACUAAAGGGGACACUAGGUGAGAGUCUCCCUCUGAUCAUGACUCGUCUGUGCGAACCGAAAGAGGCUUCGUACAUCCUUAUCAAGAAGUACCUGGAGCAGCAUUUCCCUCAACUCAACGUGGAGAACAGGCCUGAUGUGCUGAAGAACUGCCUCCAGAGGUCUGUGGAAAGGGGCUAUUUGGAACAGAUCACUGGGAAAGGUGCCUCUGGAACUUUCCAGCUGAAGAAGUCUGGGAAUAAGGUGCUCCUGGGUGGAGGGCUGCUGGAAGAUGCUAUUGUUGCAGCAAUCACUGCCAUGAAUGAGCCCAAGUCCUGCAGUAUAAGUACACUCCGCAAGUUCCUGGUAGAGAACUACAAGGACCAGAAUGUCUAUCUUCUCGUGUCAAACCUGAAGAGAACCCUGCAGAGGUGUAAGGUGAUGGGCUGGAUGGAGCAGAUCACUGGUCACGGCCUCAGCGGAUCCUACCAGCUCAGUUAUCCUUACUACCCAAGUCCAGCAGUACUGUUUCCUGAGAUGAUGGAAAAAAUCAAGCAGAAAGAGGAAAAGAAGCUUCAGCAUAAGAAGAAUCGGUAUUCUGAUGACAGUGAUGAAGAGGAGGAGGACGACAGUGAUGAAGAAGAGGAGGAGGAAGAAGAGGAAGAGUCAGAAGACGAUGAGCCUCCUCCUCCCAAGAGGGGUCAGAAGAGGCCUGCGCCCAGAGGCCGUCAGCCCGCACCCAGCAAGAGAGCUAAGGCUAGCAGCAGAAAGCCAGCGAAGAGACCGGCUGCAUCGACCAAGAAAGCUGCCGCCAAGAAGGCCGCGCCGCCCGCUAAAGCCACGCCAGUCAAGAAGGCCGCUCCAGCCAGCAAACCUAGAACACCCAUCGCCAAGAAGAUGACCAGCAGAGGGGCCAAACGACCGGCGCCCAAGAAGUCACCCGCUAAGAAGCAGGCAGCUAGUUCUCCUGUGAAGUCUAAGACUGCUGCUAGCCGAAAGUCUCUAAGAGGCAAGAAAUAAGCUCAAUGGUUACCUGUGGGUGAAAGGUCAACUGUAGCUCCUUAGACUGCAGUGCUUUUGCUGUUUCUUUUAUUUUUCCCAUGUUAUUUUAGUAGCUUCACUGUUCUCCCUUUCUUGGGGCCUCCCAUUAGAUGAAGAUUCAACUUUUCUCCUCCCCUUACAGUCCAUCUACUGUAGUAUUCACAAAACAAUUUCCGUUUUUUAUUUUAUUUUAUUUUUUGGCAAAGUUGUUGAGUGCCGGAAGUGUUUUGUUUGCAUUGUUCUAGACGUUCUUUUAGAACACUGUUUGUGCGAUGGUGAGCGCCAUCAUGUCUUGAUUGUGCACGAAAAGAUUGAUUUCAACCUGUUUGUCUUUGCAUAGAGACCAUAGUUCCUUUCACGUUCUCAUGUCCACAGUGUUUGAGAGAUCUCCUCCAAAGUGUUCAUGUUUAUUCUUUGCGUUUUUUUAAAAAGACAUUUCAGUCAAGUUGUGAAGUUGCAUAGUGACGUGUGAAAACAGCAGACUCCAACGGUCAGCUCCUUCAUGGGAAUGAAGAGGUAACGUGCCUAGAUUUAAGUUUGUCAGGCAAGCUCUGCCUGAACUGGGGCCAAUUUUAAAGCAACGGUGUUGAACAGCUGUACAUGCGAGAUAGCAAGGUAUCAUUUGGGUGGUUUAUUAUUUAUUUUUUUUCUUUACUACAUAAUAUGAAGGUGAAAUGUAUAUGAUUCUUUCUUUGUGUAAUAGGGGAAAAAUAAACUGACAAACCUCCAUAAGUCAAAAUAAGUUGAAUAUUAUGUAAAACGGUUAACCCAGUGGUAUUCUGUGUAAUUAGCGAGUCAGGGAAUUGGAUUUUAUUUGAUGAGCUUGUUGCUCAUGACCUGCAUGCAUGUAACUGAUAUGCUUUUCUGUAGUCCUUAAUAAAGUGACUAUAUUUGUACUCCA